CCGCGCACGCGGCCUCGGUUCAAGCUUUCGGCUUUGAGAUCGUCAUUGUCGUCUGCCGCACUGCCGUCCGGUUAUCGCACUGCACUAUUGCCAGCGACCUCUUGUGCCCAUACCUACCAUUCCGCCAGCUGUCUCUUCUUCGCCAGGACCUCACACCCAGCAAGACGACCGAACCUACUGACAUGGACCGGGCAUAAACAAUCCAACUCAGCCACCGGAAAUAGCGUUUGGUCCGAUGUCGCCAGCACGAUCGCCCUGAUAUACUGUACCUCCCGAGCACGACGACGAAACAACAUACCACCAAACGCUGAUCGAUGACCACACUGGCCUCUGGGCAGCAUGCCAGCCAUGUCACAGCACCGUCGACCCACGAACCACAUACGAUGAAACCGAAUGUCCCAGGAGUGUGCCCGACGGACGAGGAAACGAUCAUCCCGAGACAAGCACCCGAAGGGCAGCGAAAGAUACCAAAACAAAGCUGGGAAUAUGUUGUACGGUCCGGUGUCGCAGGUGGACUGGCAGCAUGCGCGGCGAAGACGGUCGUAGCGCCUCUCGAUCGCGUUAAGAUCCUCUUCCAGGCGAACAAUCCAAGAUUCGAGAAGUAUAUUGGGUCGUGGAGUGGCGCUGCGAAGGCGAUUCGAGAUAUCCACGCUUCAAGCGGAGUGGGAGGACUCUUCAGAGGGCACUCGGCAACACUUCUACGUAUUUUCCCCUAUGGCGGGAUCAAGUUCCUGGCCUAUGAGCAAAUACGCGCAGUGGUAAUACCUACAAAAGCGCACGAGACACCACAACGAAGAUUUGCGGCAGGCAGUCUGGCUGGGAUAUGUUCCGUCUUCUGCACGUACCCACUGGAAGUGAUACGCGUGCGACUCGCCUUUGAAACGAAGUCCAGCAAACGCGUCACAGUACGGCAGAUAUGCAGAAAGAUAUACCUAGAGCGUCCGCCUGAGCCGGUGCCCACAAAUACCGCCACAAUGCCAAGACCGGUGGCAGCAACAGUAGAAGCAACACAGGCCGCGAUACGGACGGCCACGCCUGCGAGUGGGCUGAGCAACUUCUUCAGAGGAUUCACACCCACGCUCUGGGGCAUGAUCCCCUACGCCGGGGCAUCUUUCCUCACACAUGAUGCAGCAGGUGACUUCAUGCGAAUACCAGCCCUCGCGCCCUACACAGUCCUCCCGCGUAACGAACGAUCAGAAAGGCAGCUCGCACCUGGGAAACCUCCUCCUUUACGAGCAUGGGCAGAAUUAUCUACGGGAGCCUUUGCAGGUUUCGUCAGCCAGACAGUGUCAUACCCUCUUGAAGUCAUUCGAAGGCGAAUGCAAGUCGGAGGAGUGGUCGGUGACGGGCAUCGACUGACGAUGAUUGAAGUCGCGAGGAGCAUACAAGCAGACAAGGGCUUCAAAGGCUUCUUUGUGGGACUUGGAAUUGGAUAUGUGAAGGUGAUACCCAUGGUCGCAACGAGCUUCUAUGUUUACGAGAGGAUGAAGACAUACUUUGGCAUUUGAGAGGGAGACAGCAGCGGAAGGCUGGACCAUGAACUGUACAUAUCAUGAGAUGGAGAUUAGCAUGGCUCGAAACAACAAAGCUUUCGAUACUACCGAAAGCUGAACAUGAAGUAUCACCGAGGUCGAGAUUGCGGACCUUCAGGAAGAAGACUUGAGUGCCAGUACAAGACAAUGCACGACACAACAGAUGAGCUACUUUUAACAACAUCUAUUCAAAUCUUCGACAACG